AAUGCAAUAUCUAUUCUUCACGGUCUACCUACUUCCCCGUGACAGCCUCUUUGGUAUUUUGUGGCACUGAACAAAUGAAAGCAGGCGCUCGUAUGCUACCAAGAUUGUAUCAUACAAAGAAGGACUAAUUUAUCAAUUGCUUUGAUCCUUACAUCAAAAAAUACUUAACUUUUAGAAGAUAUGUUUGUAGCUCGGAGCAUAGCUGCGGAUCACAAAGAUUUGAUCCAUGAUGUGUCUUAUGAUUUUCACGGCAGGAGAAUGGCGACUUGCUCCAGCGAUCAGAGUGUCAAGGUCUGGGACAAAAGUGAAAAUGGCGAGUGGCAUUGCACAGCAAGCUGGAAGACACACAGUGGGUCAGUAUGGAGAGUGACAUGGGCCCAUCCGGAGUUUGGCCAGGUCUUGGCCUCCUGCUCUUUUGACAGGACGGCAGCCGUGUGGGAGGAAAUUGUAGGAGAAUCCAAUGAUAAGCAGCGCGGACAGAGCCACUGGAUAAAAAGGACCACUCUUGUUGACAGUAGGACGUCUGUGACGGAUGUGAAGUUUGCUCCUAAACACAUGGGGCUGAUGUUAACAACGUGUUCUGCUGAUGGUGUUGUAAGAAUAUAUGAGGCACCAGAUGUAAUGAACCUUAGUCAGUGGUCACUGCAGCAUGAAAUUUCUUGUAAGCUGAGCUGCAGUUGCAUUUCCUGGAACCCCUCCAGCUCCCGUACUCAUUCUCCAAUGAUAGCUGUUGGCAGCGAUGACAAUCUUAAUGUUGGUGGCAAGGUACAGAUCUACGAAUACAAUGAAAACACAAGGAAGUAUGGAAAGGCUGAGACUUUUGCUAGUGUCACAGAUCCAGUUCAUGACAUUGCAUUUGCACCAAACCUGGGGAGGUCUUUCCAUGUACUAGCUGUAGCAACAAAAGAUGUUCGUAUUUUCAAAUUGCUACCUCUUCGGAAAGAGAUGAGUUCUUCAUCAGGGCCGACCAAGUUUGAAGUCCAGACAGUGGCUCAGUUUGAAAACCACAACUCCCAGGUGUGGCGUGUGAGCUGGAACAUUACCAGUACUCUGCUGGCUUCCUCAGGGGAUGAUGGCUGUGUGCGCCUGUGGAAAGCUAAUUAUAUGGAUAACUGGAAGUGCACUGGCAUAUUGAAGGGGGAUGGAAGUCCUGUGAAUGGCACAUCAAACCAGAUCUUUAACUCCCCCCUAGGAUCUGCCAAUCAAACCAUACAGAAUUCACUGAAUGGAGCAUCUGCUGGCAGAAAGAAAGCUCAGCUGAUUCCAAGCUAACUGGAGUAACUUUGCUGUUUUGCUGCUUGUUGCAUGCACACAGGAAUGGAAAGAGAACUCCUUUUUCCCCUUCCCUGUGCCGGCUGACCUCUCCCAAGACACCAACAGCCUGCUUACUGCCAAUCACAAACCCAAAAGCUAUAUUUGUAUUCAUGUGUGUGCAGUUUGUUAAACUGUAAUACUGAAUUGUUUUUGAAUUUAUAAAGGAAAUAUAAAUUUCAAGACAGUUAUGACACUGAAUUAUUUUGCGGAAAAAAUAAAUAUUGUUAGAAAAAUAUGCAAACAGAUUUCAGUUUAAAGAAAUUAUACAACACAUGUUUUUUUUUUUUUUCUUCACAUUUUGGUAUCAUUUUAUUACAUUGCGUCUGUCGCCAGAAACCCCUUAAGUUGCAACAGAAAUGCAAAGAGCGUAAACCUACAAUUUUGCCACUUCCAUUCUUUUACUGCAACUUUUGUCAAUUUAGUUUUUGAAUUAUCCAAUCACAAAUUGUCAAGUUUUGUUAGAUAUUUGUAAAAGACAUUUAUACAAUGUAAAUGUUCUUUGUAAUGUUGGGAACAAGCAUGUAUCUAGUAAAGUGACUUGCACUUCUAAAGAGCCCUUCUUACUUUGGCAGGAUAUUGUUUGAAUGUUCUGAUGUAUUGCACUUGAGUCAAAAUCUGGUGUGAAUUUACAGGUACACUAUGUUUAUGUGUAAUAUAAAAACAAACAAAAAAACAGGAUGCCCAAAUAAUCUUCUCUUUUUGACCUAAAAUCGCAAUUCUGCUGUUUUUUGUUCUCUUUAUUUUUGGCAUGGAUCUACUCUAACCCUUUUUUAAAGCAUGGUCUUUUUCUCCCCUUCAUUUCUCCUUGUAUUUACUAUUUUUCUCUUCUGCUUUUUUUGUUUUUGUGGUGUUUUUUGUUGUUUCUGUCUCCAC